AUGGUGCAUGCUUCUACAGCGAAGUCGAUUGAGCUCGCCGACAGCCGCUUCUCGCGCUCGCUCUGCCACCAGAGGCAGGGCCUCCAGCCGACGGGCAGGCGGGCAGACACCGAAGUGCGGCCGUGGGUGCUCCAUGCGCUGCUGCAGCGGUCUGGCGGGAGGCAGCGCGAGGAGCCGGCCUCGCGGAACACGCUGCUGCAGUGCUUCCAGCAGUUCAAGCACGCCACGGAGAAGGACUUCGUGCAGAUGCUCGAGGUGACUCCGAUGUCGCCCGUCCACCCGGGCUUCAAGAAGCUCCGGUGCCGGCACGACGCGCAGGGCGGCGUUCGCAUCCUCGGGCACGGAUACUUUUAG